AUGUUCUCCGUGCAGGAGGCGCUGCCCCGGGGGGGGCUGCCCAUGAAGGAAGAGCCGCUGACGGCCGGACUGCCCUCCGUGAGGUGGCUGCAGAGCACCGGCAUCCUGGACGCCAGCACGGCCGCACAGAGCGGCGUGGGCCUGGCCCGCGCCCACUUCGAGAAGCAGCCGCCCUCCAACCUGCGGAAAUCCAACUUCUUCCACUUCGUGCUGGCCAUGUACGACCGGCAGGGCCAGCCCGUGGAGAUCGAGCGCACCUCCUUCAUCGACUUCGUGGAGAAGGAGCGGGAGCAGAGCGGCGAGAAGACCAACAACGGCAUCCACUACCGCCUGCAGCUGCUCUACAGCAACGGCGUCCGCACGGAGCAGGACCUCUACGUGCGCCUCGUCGACUCCAUGUCCAAGCAGGCCAUUGUCUACGAGGGGCAGGACAAGAACCCCGAGAUGUGCCGGGUGCUGCUCACCCACGAGAUCAUGUGCAGCCGCUGCUGCGACAAGAAGAGCUGCGGGAACCGCAACGAGACGCCGUCCGACCCCGUCAUCAUCGACAGGUUCUUCCUCAAGUUCUUCCUCAAAUGCAACCAAAACUGCCUGAAGAAUGCGGGGAACCCCCGGGACAUGCGGCGCUUCCAGGUGGUGGUGUCGACGACGGUGAACGUGGAUGGCCACGUCCUGGCUGUGUCCGACAACAUGUUCGUCCACAACAACUCCAAGCACGGCCGCCGGGCACGGCGCCUCGACCCCUCCGAAGCAGCCACCCCCUGCAUCAAAGCCAUCAGCCCCAGCGAGGGCUGGACCACCGGCGGGGCCACCGUCAUCGUCAUCGGUGACAACUUCUUCGACGGGCUCCAGGUCGUCUUCGGCACCAUGCUGGUGUGGAGCGAGCUCAUCACGCCGCACGCCAUCCGCGUGCAGACCCCGCCGCGGCACAUCCCCGGCGUCGUGGAGGUGACGCUCUCCUACAAGUCCAAGCAGUUCUGCAAGGGCGCCCCGGGCCGCUUCGUCUACACGGCGCUGAACGAGCCCACCAUCGACUACGGCUUCCAGCGGCUGCAGAAGGUCAUUCCCCGGCACCCCGGCGACCCCGAGCGCUUGCCCAAGGAGGUGCUGCUGAAGCGGGCGGCCGACCUGGUGGAAGCGCUCUACGGGAUGCCGCACAGCAACCAGGACAUCAUCCUGAAGCGGGCGGCAGACAUCGCCGAGGCGCUGUACAGCGUCCCCCGCACGCCCGGCCAGCUCUCCUCGCUCGCCGGCAGCCACGGCGCCGCCGGCGUCAUGGGGGUGAACUCCUUCGGCAGCCAGCUGGCCGUCAACAUCGGCGAGGCGGCGCAGGGCACCGAGCAAGGCUACGCGCGCAGCACGAGCAGCGCCUCGCCGCGGGGCUAUGUGCCCAGCUCCACGCCGCAGCAGGGCAGCUACAGCGGCGCCUCCAGCAUCAGCGGCUACGGGGGCAGCACCAUGGCCAGCCUGGGGGUGCCCGGCUCCCCCAGCUUCCUCAACGGCUCCACCGCCAACUCCCCCUACGCCAUUAUGCCUUCCAGCCCCCCGCUCGGUGCCUCCUCCAUCAGCCUCCCGUCGGGCACCAACACCUCCAGCCCUGCCGGCGUCUUCUCCUUCUCCCCCGUCAACAUGAUCUCGGCGGUGAAGCAGAAAAGCGCCUUCGCCCCCGUGGUGCGACCGCAGAGCUCCCCGCCGCCCGCCUGCUCCAGUGCCAGCGGCGGCAGCCUGCAAGACCAGUCUUUCGAGGACUCGGACAAGUUUCACACCUCGGCGCGCUCGCUCCAAGGACUGGCCUAUUCCUAAGGGCGGUGAGGGCCUGGGCGGCGGUGGCGAAGGACGCAUGGGGCGCUUGCCCCCCCCCACCCUGGGGGCCUCCGGGGG